AUGGUUUUUAUAAUUACAGAGCACAUUCAUUCAUCUGCUUUCUUCUUUGUCAAAACCAAAAUCCCACAUGGUACCAGAGCCAUAAUGGUCUCGGACAACAAUAACCCACUGCCUCCUCCUCCCCCUCCUCCAGCCAACAAAAAUCCUAAAGAUCCCUCUAGUCCAUACUUUCUUAAUCCGAACGAUGGCCCUACAACUCUUCUCACCUGCCACCUUCUCACAGCUGAUAACUACCAUUCCUGGGCACGCACUAUUCGUCGCUCAUUACGAAUCAAAAAGAAAUUGGGAUUUAUUGAUGGUAUUUUACGGGAACCUACUUCUCCUAAUGAUCCCUUGUUAGAACCAUGGCUUGAAUGCAAUGACAUGGUGAUAACUUGGCUUCAAAAUGCAAUGUCAUUGGAAAUAAAAAAUAGCGUCGUGUAUGUUGAUACCGCUCAUGACCUAUGGCUUGAGUUGGAACAACGAUUUGCACAAAAUAAUGGUCCUCGAAUUUAUGAACUCAAACAGUCCAUUAAUUCUCUUGUUCAAGGUGAUGAUUCUGUUAGCCUCUACUUCUCAAAAUUGAAAGGGCUUCUCGAUGAACUUCUCAAUUUUGAAUCCCUCCCAUCAUGCACCUGUGGUGCCAUGAAAAAUGUCUUUGAGCACCAGCAAUAUGAUUGGUCUAUGAAGUUUCUCAUGGGGUUUCAUGAUUCAUUUACCAAUAUCAAAACUCAAAUUAUCUUGAUUAAACCCAUCCCAAGUCUGAGUGAAGUUUAUGCCUUAGUUCAAUAG